AUGCUUGAUCGUUUGCCUUUCGACGUUCUCUUCAGCGUGCUGGAGCAUCUGGAGGUUCAGGACUUAGUGCGCGCUUCUCAGGUCUCUCAUUACUUCUCCGCCGCCCUCCAGUACCGCACCGUCUGGAAGGCCGCAUACACUCACACGACACUCGCCCGUCCACCCGGCCCGUGCAUCGGACAGUCGCUCCACGACUUCCGCUCUACCCUAUGCACAAGUGCCAGAGUCGAAAGGAGCUGGCCGCCCGCUCCUGCUCGACAGAAUCCAAGGGUACGAUCGGUACCGAUCAACUCGAAAAACGUCUUCUGCGGGGUUAUCUCUGGCCGUUGGAUGCUCGUCGCCGACAGAGACAGGAUUAACUGUUACGAUCAUGAGAUGAAGCCCGCCGGAGGAGGGAGAGGGCCCGUUUACGUGCCUCCACCGGGAUGCCAGAUCCGGUUCUUCAAGUGCUUUGACGCGAAGGCGGAAGGAGGCGAGCAGGUCGCGUACGCCGUGUGCGAGGAGGUGCUGGAUGGCGAUCAAGAUUGGUUUGGUGGUCAGUGGCCAGGGUUGAAUGCUGCUACAAAUAUUAAGGUGUUUAGGAUACGACCUUCCAAGUCACCAGCAGCAUUCCCUAUCGUCUUCGAGUCUAUCCUUGAGCUGAGAGACGAACAUGCUCUACAGGGUUUUAGCGAAGUGACGCUCAAAGGAGACCACCUUCUAAUUCGCAAGCACGACGGCGCUGCUACAGGCCAGCAACUGGUGGAUGCCGUUUGGGUCAUCAAUCUGCGUAUGCGUCGGGUGUUUAAGCCCUCGUUAUCGGAAGGCGAUUUUGACACACGAUAUUCCUCGCUCCGUGUCAUUACCAGCUCAUCAUACCUCCUCGUUAUACGUUACCCUCGUAUGCGCUCAGGUCACAUUAUUGACAACGCGGACACCUUCGAGGCGUUCCCAUUGCCCAGAGUCGAUGAUAGCAAUCCGUCAGCAGUUCAAUUCCUUCGGCCGUCUCAUACUGGCCGUCUGAACACCUGGGCAUCGUACCACUACCCCAGUAUCGAUACGAUGGACUGGUCAAUCGAAUACACGGAUGCCCGUACACGGGAGACGACGAUCGCGUUCCCCGCGAUGUUAUCCCGCCAGUUACGCAUGCUGCGGUUUACUCUCAGCUCUAAGGCCUGUGGUACCGCCGCCGCCUCCGCCGCUAUCAGCGACGGAAGCGAUCUCGGCUCCAUCUCGUUCGCGGCUGACAAGGUCGACGGGUUCCCGACUCUGCCAUCGGACUCGAGCUACCGCGUCAUGUUCAACCCGACGAUGCUCGGUCGCCCGCGCAUGCUCGUGUUCGGCUCGAAGCAUGCGUCAUGCCUAGUCCCGCGGAGCGCACGGCCGUGGCCGACGCAGGUUCUGGAAGGGUACACGCUCGAUGUCGAUGGUGGGACAGGCGUGAGGGUCGUUGAGAAGGGGGAGAGGGCGAGCUACGAGAUCUUGCCUUCGUUUGAGAAGGUGCUCGGGUUCGAUGCGACGAGCGGGAGGAUGUUCGCGGUGAGCGGGGUGCCGGCGAUGGGGACAGGGUUGGUUAUUCGGAAGGAGUGGGUCCUUAAUGUUGUUGAUAUUGUUUAG